AUGUCGACCGCUUUCCGAUCUCUUGCGCCUUUCCUGCGCACCGCUCGACAAGGGCUCCGGGCUAACCCCGUCAACCCUCUCCAGUCCGCCUUCACCAAGCAGAACGCCUCUGGUGUCCUCAACCUCUACCGCACAUACGCCGUCUUUGAGCGAUCAAAGCCCCAUGUGAACAUUGGUACCAUUGGUCACGUCGAUCACGGCAAGACCACUCUCUCUGCUGCCAUCACCAAGCGCCAGGCCGACAAGGGCCUCGCCAACUUCCUCGAGUAUGGUGCCAUUGACAAGGCUCCUGAGGAGCGAAAGCGUGGUAUCACCAUCUCUACCGCCCACAUCGAGUACGCCACCGACAACCGCCACUACUCCCACGUCGACUGCCCUGGUCACGCCGAUUACAUCAAGAACAUGAUUACUGGUGCUGCCAACAUGGACGGCGCCAUCAUCGUCGUUGCCGCUUCCGAUGGUCAGAUGCCCCAGACCCGUGAGCACUUGCUGCUCGCCCGUCAGGUCGGUGUCCAGCGAAUUGUCGUCUUCGUCAACAAGGUCGAUGCCAUUGACGACCCUGAGAUGCUUGAGCUCGUCGAGAUGGAGAUGCGUGAGCUUCUCAACACCUACGGCUUCGAGGGUGACGACACCCCCGUCAUCAUGGGUUCCGCUCUCAUGUCUCUCCAGAACCAGCGCCCCGAGAUUGGUACCCAGAAGGUCGAUGAGCUCCUUGCCGCUGUCGACGAGUGGAUCCCUACCCCCGAGCGUGAUCUUGACAAGCCUUUCCUCAUGUCUGUUGAGGAUGUCUUCUCCAUUGCCGGCCGUGGUACCGUCGUCUCCGGCCGUGUCGAGCGUGGUAUCCUCAAGCGUGACCAGGAGAUCGAGCUUGUCGGUAAGGGUCAGGAGGUCAUCAAGACCAAGGUCACUGAUAUCGAGACUUUCAAGAAGUCUUGCGAACAGUCCCAGGCUGGUGACAACUCCGGUCUCCUCAUCCGAGGUGUUCGCCGUGAGGAUGUCCGCCGUGGUAUGGUCGUCUGCGCCCCUGGUACUGUCAAGUCUCACACUCAGUUCCUCGCUUCUCUCUACGUCCUCACCAAGGAGGAGGGUGGCCGACACACUGGCUUCCAGGAGCACUACCGACCCCAGCUCUACCUCCGAACUGCUGAUGAGUCCAUCGAUCUGACCUUCCCCGAGGGUACUGAGGAUGCCUCCAGCAAGAUGAUCAUGCCCGGUGACAACACCGAGAUGGUCGUCACCAUGGGCCACCCCAACGCUAUUGAGGUCGGUCAGCGAUUCAACAUCCGCGAGGGUGGCCGAACCGUUGCUACUGGUCUCUGCACUCGCAUCAUCAAAUAA